GCGCUGCGCUUGUAACUUGUUUUGUUGUGCAGUCCGUGCAUAGUGCAUGCUGAUCUGCUGGUCAUUGCUAUCUAGCUGAGUUUGUCAUCGAUCAUGGAAGAAAAUCAGAUACAGUCGGAUGCCCUGGGUGGUACUGACCAAGAAAUUGAAGAGCUUACGGGCAUGGCACGUGAUGAGGCGAUUAUUGCCCAACAAGAACGCAUUCAGAAUGAGAUCAAAGAGAAUAAUCCAUUGGUCAGUCAGACAUAUCCAAUCAAUGUCCUAUGCGAGGAGUACCUUGAUGACCCAGUCUAUAAAGCUAAGAUUGACGAUUUAUCAAUGCAAUACUCACACAUCAGGAAAACCCGAGGUGAUGGCAAUUGCUUCUUCAGGGCAUUUGGCUUUGCCUAUCUAGAGAGGCUACUCACUGAUAAAAAGGAACUCUCAAGGUUUAAAGCAGCUGCUGAGAUUAGUAAGGACCAACUAGUAUCCCUUGGUUUUCCCUCAUUUACCAUCACAGAUUUUCAUGAAACGUUUAUGGAGGUGAUUCAACAAGUUGAAAAACAACCUGUAUUAGAUGAGCUGGUUGAUACCUUCAGGGACCAAGGAAUCAGCGAUUACAUCGUGGUCUAUUUGAGGUUACUGACCUCAGGUCAACUACAGAAGGAGGCUGAAUUCUACAAGAAUUUCAUUGAAGGUGAAAGGACGGUCAAGGAGUUUUGUCGUCGGGAAGUAGAACCAAUGGCCAGAGAGAGUGAUCAUAUUCACAUUAUUGCGCUGACCUCUGCCCUGGGGGUCGGAGUUCGUGUUGUCUAUCUGGACCGAGGAGAUGGAGGCAAAGUCAUCCCGCAUGAUUUCCCAGAAGGCUGUUCACCACAGGUCAUUUUGCUGUACAGACCGGGUCACUAUGAUGUACUCUACCCACUUAAGGGUUCAUAGUGUCCUGUCCCUGGGGUCAGGGGUCACAGUUGGCACUUCUAAACCAGGCAAUUUGCUUAAUAUUGCUUUUUGUAACACAUGGACCAACCAGCCACAAUGCUUUACAAAUGGUGCAUUUUGACUAGUACAAUGUAGUCCUUUAAACAUCAGUCACUUCAAUGUGGCAAACAUUGACCAGGUUGGAAGAUUAUAUAUAUUUGAAGCAAUCUACAUCAAAAACUAAAUAAGGGGAGUUUCAGCCAUAAAACAAUACAAGUUAAAAAGCAGCUCUGCCCCCUCUGCCAAAAGCCAGAAGCAAAACAAAGCCGUUGGUAGCAUCUGCUACAAGCCCAUUAUGACGACAUUGAGGUACGGCUCUACAUUCAAACAACUGUUAUGUGCCAUAUUCGUACAUGCGCAUAGUGCAUGCAUUUCACACAUUUGAAUUGACGAUUCGGUCGUGAAUUGAAACAAUCUGGGCCUGUUGUCUGACAGCGCAUCUGGUUUUGUAGAUUUAACAAAGGUGAGAGGCACAGUUUUUUACAAAGAUGUUCUCCCUGGCAGAAUAAAGUAGCAUCCACGCAUCGUUUAUGUUUAGCGGCAAUUUAGCGCUGCGGAUAACCAAUACAGGCCAAGCAUCUAUGAUUUUUGGGAGAGAGCGAGAGCUGUACCAUGUGACAAGCAAACAGGCCUCUUCUGUUUGCUGCCCUCAUUGACAC